GUGAAUGCUGAGAAUUUGGAGAUUAAAAUUCCCUCCAACGCAUCAAUAUCGCAGAAAUGUGAACAACAGUUGAAUUAUUUUCAGAAAAAUUUAAAUUAUAACAUCACGUGGGCUUUACGAAUGAAGGAUGCUUGGGGAAAUUUUCCUUCUGGGAGAUUUUCUGGAAAUCAAUAUGAUUUUGGAAAUUUCGAUCAGUGUGUUGAAUUAAAUCAUAAAACAUCUGUCGUGGGUGUAAUUAGUGGAAAACAUUGCACUCUAUUAAUUCAAAACACGAUUCCAGUCAAUGAUAAUAAUCCAAGAAUGAUAGCACCAGACAGGAGCCCCCAAAAUUUUGUUGGUGUUGGCGUAUGUGUGCCAGCAUCUUGCACACCGGAAGAAGUUCAAGUGGUUGCUGACACGUUUCUUGAAAACUACAGUACAGCUUUAGUUCCCAAUGUCAACCAAAAUUUAUUUUGUGCAACAAAUGACCGGCCUUUUGAGUUCGACGCCUUUCAAGUGUUUGCUAUUUUUUUCUUUUCAACGUUCCUUGUUCUCGUGACGGCCAGUACAACUUAUGAAAGUUUGUGCAUUGGUAAAAGGAUUGAAAGUGUCAAAAUUUUAUCAUCAUUUUCAAUCAUUUCCAAUUACAAAACUAUUAUUUCAUUAAAACCUUCAUCGAAGAAUGAAAUGGUUUUCCUUCAUGGACUUAGAAGUAUUUCUAUGUUGUGGAUUGUCAUCGUUCACACUUAUAUGAUAACUUACUGGCUUCUCCCAGCUAUAAACACCCACGCAAUUAUCGACUGGUUGGGAAAUAUAUCUUCAAUGAUAGUUUUGUCAGGUGGAAUUGGUGUUGACACAUUUUUUCUUUUAUCAGCUUUGUUGAUGACGUUGAGUGUAUUUAGAGAACUUGAUAGAACGAAUAAGAUCAACGUCCCCGUUUUAUUCACAAAAAGGUUCUUCAGGAUUACAGUUCCAUUUGCUGCAGCAAUUCUUUUCACAGUUGCAUUUUUGUAUCACAUUUCAAAUGGACCUUUAUGGAAUUUAAUAACAGAAACAUCUGCAAUUGGAUUCUGUAGAGAAUGGUGGUGGAGUUCGCUUUUAUAUGUCGCAAAUUACGUAAAUCCAGGGAAAUUAUGUUUUGGACAUUCAUGGUAUCUGAUGGUUGACAUGCAGCUCUACUUUUUAUCCCCAAUCAUUUUGUAUCCUUUGUGGAGAUUCCAAAAACGAACAAUUUUGAUGACCUCAUUGAUAUUUCUCAUUGCCAGUAGUUCUAUUAUUUACGUAUUUGCAAUUAUGAUGAUGAAUUCAUUAAGGAUUUCAUUUUUAUCUGAAACACAUGCAAUAAUGGAUACAUCCGUCCACAUAGUCACUCAUGCUCGGAUUGACUCAUGGAUGAUGGGAAUUCUAUUUGGAUAUUUUAUUUAUAAACUCGACAAGAAAACAAUUCGAUUAACUCCCAAAAUGUCAAUAGUUGGAUGGACUUUUAGCAUAACAACACUUUUAAUAAUAAUCUUUGGACAAUAUCCAUUGCAUCAAGAGAACUUCAAAGACAAUCCUUUGUUUGCUGAUGCCAUCUACAAAUCUUUUAGCAGAAUAUUUCAUUGUUUAUCAAUCGGUUGGAUAAUCAUAUCGUGUCAUCUAUCAAGUGGCAACAUCGUUAAAAGAUUCUUGUCAUAUCCAUUGUGGUUUCCUGUUAGUCGACUAUCGUUUUGCAUUUAUUUGAUCCAUUUACCCGUACAAUUAAUUUACGUAGCAUCACUUCGUUCACCACAAUUCUUCAGUAAUUUUCGAGCUAUUGUUCAAUUUUCCGGAUAUUUCUCCGUCUCGUUUUUCGCAGCAUUCGCUUGGGCUUUGCUGUUUGAAUUUCCUAUACUUAAUGUCAUUACUUAUUUAAUGAAAAAAUGA